UUGGCGACACGUCAGUCUACAGCACUACUGAGAUGAUGAAAGAAAAAGCAAAUGGCGGACUGUUAAAAUCGACGUUCUUGAAUACCUAGAAAGAAUCCGAUGUAAUUUAAUGAAUAAUGCACUCUUUAUGAUCAUGAUUACCAAAAUAAGUCUUUGAAAGACAUAGAAAACAAUAAUUUAACUAUAUUAUCGGCAGAAAGCCAUCCUAAAUAGUAAAUAUUAUAAAUUAAAACUGAGCCUAGCUUACACAAUUAAAUAAGUACAUUGCAAAAAUAUUUUUAGUGUUUGUGUCGGACGCACGCCCGUUAAUGCUGUGUUGAUGUAAUGUGAAAAGGCGCAACCGGGCGGGCCACCCGCCCUACUGUCGGCAAUGGAACGCAGCUACGAUAAGCGGCACAGCAAGCAUCACAAGGAGAAGCACAAGAAGCGCUUACAUAAGAAGUACAGGAGUCACAGCGGUACACAUGAACAAUCAUAUGCUACUAGCAACUCUGUCAAACCUCUAGUGGAGUAUUCCGAUGUGAGCUCGGAGGAGCUCUCCGCCCCUGAGGCGGGCGAGAUUGAGAGCGAGGCCAGCUCUAUAGGGCGGCACAUCGCCGACGACCUCGACCGCACGCGUCGCUCGCAUCCGAUACGAACUUUCGUCGACAACAAGACCAUAUCGGUCACCACCUCGAGCCGCCGCGCGGACGACUACAUUCUCACCCAUGAUUCUUCUUCGGCAGCUUCGAGGAAGCGCCGGGCGCUCGAAUAUGUAGAGGAGGCAGAGUUCGAGGAGAGAUAUAAGAAGAAGAAAGAGAAGCGGAAGAAGGAUAAGAAAAAGAAGAAGAAGAGGAGUCGGCACGCUUCUCGGUCGGCGAGCUUGGAGAGUGUGUCGCCGGAUGAGAUCGCACCGGCGGAGGUGCCGCGGGCGACGCCGCAGCGGUACGAGCAGGUGCCGGUGAGCGAGUGGGAGAAGGCGUCGUCGCCGCUGCGCAACGGCUCGUGCUCGCCAGUGUCGCCGAGCACGCCGCCGCUACUACGGGACCGCCACGACGUGCUGCCGAUGUCGCCGCGACACCGCCCGCCCGUGCUCAGGGAACCGCCGCUGCACCACAACCCGAUGCCACCCUUCUCCCCGCAUCGGGAUAGAUCUCCCAUAGUCAGGCGAAGACAGAAGUCGACUACACCGCACACGCCGUCUGUGCCCCCUUACCAUGACACUGUGACGAUCGAUUCAGACCCGGAGCCCGAGUAUGAGCGCAGUCGCAGGGACUAUUGGCACGAGAGGGUGCCACAGUCACCUAUCAUGGUGUCAGACUCGCCCGUUCACGAGGUGCAUAGAGUACCACGGGGGGAGUACAGCCCGCGGCGGUCGCACCGGCGCCGUAGCCGCGACCGCGACCGCCGCCACCGCAGCCGCGACCGCGACCGCCACCGCGAGCCGAAGGUGUCGCACCGGUCACACAGUCGCAGUUCUUUGAAACGGAGACGGUCCGGUUCCCGCCGCCGACGCGGCUCCACCGCGUCACCGCCGCGGCACCGGCCCCGGCACCGCGACCCGGAGAGGGAACGACACAGAAGUAAAUACGAGUCGCCCAGCCCACCUACUACCGUGCUUCAACGCAAGAUAGACUUCAAUGAGAAGAUUAGCGACACGAGUCUGUUCGCUGAACUCGUCAAGGACAAACAGAAGAGAGCUAAGAAACUCCAAGAGAUCCUAAGUCAGAAGGAGGAGGAAUCGCAGAGUGCUCUGUCGACCAACACCUCCAUUAACAACCCAGAGAUACUCACCAUAGAUGAAUUGUCUAAUGCCACUGCUGACAGCUCUACGCAGGCGUCGAGAGAGAACGGCGAGAACGGCAAAGAGCAAGACACCAGUAAAGAGAGCACCGAACAAAUAGUAGACAUCCCCAUGCCCGGGCCCGACGGGGAUUCGAACUCCUUACCCCCGACUAGCUUUCCCCCCGCCCCGCCUACUGUACCCCCUGCCUUACCAUCCACCCCGGCCUUACCCCCGACUCCGGGUUUACCCCCGACCCCGGCCUUACCCCCUAUGCCAGCCUUACCCCCUACACCAGCGUUACCCCCAACGCCGGCGUUACCCCCUGCCCCGUUGCCGGUGGUCGAGGAUGUCAAUGGUGAAUCGCAAUUUUCUGAAAACAACGAGAAGUCGUCGAGUCCAACACGCUCGCUCGCUUCAAGCGGUUCGAGCGGGGCAAGCGGAACUACGAGCGUUGUAGACAGUGCUUUUAUGCUGCACGCUCAACCUCCACCGCCGAAGCCUAGGAGUCUCACGAAAUUGCCGAUGCCGCCCAAUACACAGGUGGAGGAUCUUAAGACGUUAGCGAACGACAGUCCAUUGAGCACGCCAUCGCCCAGUCCCGUUAAGAAGCCAGAUAAACCGGAGAAGAAACGGACCGGCAUCAUGAAUCUACCUAUGCCGCCUGUGAUCCCCGGAUCGGAAGAGUUGAGCGGCGACGAGUUGGACGGCUCCACGCCGCCGCCCGCUUCCCGAAGAGAUCACUAUUCACACAUGUUUAGCUCAAGAAAUGCUGCGAGAGAUAUCGCCGGCUGCAAGUUAAAGCGGCCGCGGAUCCUGAAACGGCGUGGGUCCAAAGUUGUUGCAGUUGCCACGCCAGCACACCACGCCAAGGACUGGGGAGAGAAGUGCGUUGACGGGUUUCAGGUCAUCACACAAAUCGGCGAAGGCACAUACGGUCAAGUGUACAAAGCUAGGGAUAAGAACACUGGCCAACUAGUGGCUUUGAAAAAAGUCCGCCUAGAAAAUGAGAAGGAAGGAUUCCCCAUCACCGCCGUGAGAGAGAUCAAGAUCCUCAGGCAGCUCAACCACAAGAACAUCGUCAAUCUACGGGAGAUUGUUACCGACAAACAGGACGCUUUGGACUUCCGCAAGGACAAAGGCUCGUUCUACUUAGUGUUCGAGUACAUGGACCACGACCUUAUGGGCUUGUUAGAAUCCAAAAUGGUGGAUUUCACAGAGUCGCACAACGCUUCCAUAAUGCGCCAGCUUUUAGACGGGUUAGCCUACUGCCACCGGAAGAAUUUUCUGCACAGAGACAUCAAAUGUAGCAACAUACUUAUGAACAACAAGGGCGAGGUGAAGCUCGGCGACUUCGGUCUCGCCCGGCUCUGGUCGGCCGAGGACCGACAGCGGCCCUACACCAACAAAGUGAUCACUUUGUGGUACCGGCCCCCCGAACUAUUGCUAGGGGAGGAACGAUACGGGCCCGCCGUCGACGUGUGGUCCAUGGGCUGCAUCCUGGGCGAGCUGUUCCUCAAACAUCCGCUGUUCCAGGCGAACGUGGAAAUGAUGCAGCUAGAGAUGAUAUCGAGAGUAUGCGGCACUCCAGCUCCCGGUGUAUGGCCGAACGUAGUAAACUUGCCUUUAUGGGGCGCGUUACGGCCCAAACGGUUCCAUAAACGAUGCGUUCGGGAACAAUUCGCCUUUAUGCCUGCCACCGCUUUAACAUUACUGGACCGUAUGCUGGAGUUGGACCCUGAUAAGAGGAUCACUGCGGAAGAUGCCCUGAAGAGUCCAUGGCUAAAGAAUGUGGUGCCUGAUCAGAUGACAGCGCCCCAACUACCCACAUGGCAAGACUGCCACGAGCUAUGGUCUAAACAGCGUCGACGGCAGCAACGAGAACACGAGCGUCGCCCCAACAACGACGAGCUCUACGAUUGUCCCAAACCCGAACUAAACCAUCCGCACAAUCCGCCGCCCGAUGCCGCGCCGCAGGUCAAGUAACGAUCUACUAACCAUAGAAGUCUAAAUGAUUACUCUAGCUGAAGUUUAAAGAAGAUUCACCAUACUAGAUGGAAGGCAAGCGUGAAUAUUUUCCAAAUGUGGAAGAUUACUGCUACCUCUACGAAAGCUCGAACGACGAGCUCUACGACUGUCCUAAACCGAUGCCGCGCCGCAGGUCACUUAACGAUCUAUUAAUCUAGGAUCUAGAUGAAUAGAUCGUUACUUGACCUGCGGUGGUCUAGACUCUAGACGAAGACUCGCCAUAUUAGAUCGAAUGGCUAUUGUGGCUAUCCAAAAUGGAAGAUUAUGACAGCAAGAACACGAGCGUCGCCCCAAUAACGACGAGCUCUACGACUGUCCCAAACCUGAACUAAACCAUUCGCACAAUCCACCGCCCGAUGUCGCGCCGCAGGUCAAGUAACGAUCUACUAUUAAAACUAGCUGAAGUUUAAAGUGCAUUCGCCAUACUAGCUUGAACGGCAAGCGUAAAUAUCUUCCAAUGGUGGAUUGUGGCGACUGACUACCCUCUAAAACCAAACCAGAACUAAACCAUCCUCACCAUCCACCGGCUAAAGUAAAAUAACGAUCUAUUACUGUGGAAGGAGUGUGAAGAGGACUUGCUGUUGCUCGAACUAGCUCGAGACGAAGAGUAAUUCGAUGUCAUGUGACAAGAAUAUCUCCCAAGAUCAUAGUACACUGGAGAUCAUGGACAAUAUUAGUGCGCCGCUAGAAGCUGCGUGCAUAAAGGACUCGCUCUACCUUAAGAUGAGUUCUACCACAAUAUUAAACAGUAACCGACGACCAAAGUGAUGCGGCCAAACGUUUCGUUAUAACUGAACAAACAGUAUGUAGAGCAACAGCAGCAGUUAUCAUCAACAAGGAUUACUGGUUCGACAGGCCUAAUAGUAUAGACGCGAUAUUAACGCACAUAAUUUUAAUUGUGAUGAGCGAUUGGGUCAACACUAGCUUGCCUUGUGUUCUAGAAUUCUGGGAGACCAAUAAUUACAAGUCUCAGGCCCGUAUUACAGAAUGACAACUAAGUGUUGAUCUUUACUUGAGUACAGUUAGAAAUGGAUGUCGCUAUGUGAUAUAUAUAGCGACAUCCCUCUCUAUCUAUGCUCAAGACUACAUUAAGUACUGAGAACCUUUCUAUAAUACGGGGCUUAGAUAGCUUAAUAGACCAAUCUUGGGUGGGCAAUUUGGUUUUGCGAUGGUAAUGUAAUACGACUGACAUUUCUGUCUUAAUACUUAUUUAAUGUUUCAUAUCUGUUAUUUGUUAACUAUUGAUUUUUCUUUGGUAUUAACUAGUCGGUAUGAGAAGCCUGGAAUAUUUUAUUACGUGGGUGGAAAGGACUCAGUGGAUUGAAACGAGCAAUGCAAACUUUUCACGGCAUACAGGAUCAUCAUUUACUGAACCUUCAUUUUCUUCGGUAACUGAAUGCCUUUAUCUAAAUUUAACUUUGAUGAGGCAUUGAAAUUAAUCUUGUGCAUUUUUUGUUUGGGUCAAACAACCUAUUGUUAACCAAAGUAUUGAGUGAGCGUCUAGCGUAACGUCUAAGUCCCGUAUUAUAGAAAGAUUCUCAGCGAUUGAUCUAGGCUUGAGCAUAGUUAGAAAGGGAUGUCGCUAUAUAUAGCACAUAGCGACAUCCCUUUCUAACUGUACUCAAGUAAAGAUCAACACUUAGUAGUCAUUCUGUAAUACGGGCCUAAGUGCACCAGUCACCUUAGUGUGACCACUUCAACAUGAAAAGUGAUAUCGAGUUUUAUUGAUACUUUUUGCAUCGAUACUUUAUCACGACGUGUAGUAAUGGUCAUACUAAAGGGCACAGUGAUGGUUGAAUUAUGAACGAAUCUUGUAAAUAUUCUUAAGUAAUAAAUUUCUAUCGCAAUAAGAACAAGUUAGUUAUUGUUUUAAAAUUGAUUUAAUGGAAACUGGAUACACGGACGGCAUAUUACUUGAUGCCGUAGACUAUGGCCCAUAAUCUGCAUGUCACAAACUGGAAACCGCCGCUAUGUUUUUUUUAAUAAUUAAUGAAAUAAAGGCUUUUAACACCUAUUGUGUAUUUAAAUUAAACAUCUUAAGUCACUAACAACCGUAUUUAUAUUUUUAAUCGAUGCAAAUGACUGCAAGAAGUAGCGACCAAUAUGUUUAUUAUAAACAGGAAAUAGAAGAUUAGGUUAAUAGUGAGGACUACUGAGAUAUUAUAAAAGACAGGUUUUAAAUAAUUAUUUAUUGGAACUAUCAAGUUUGUAUAUUUUUUUUUUACUUCGUCAUAUUAUAGAUUACAAAGAUUUGUUGUUGUUUUUUGUUAUUCUUUCAAGAUUUUUGGCAUUCUCUACUAGAUUGAUUUGUAAAUUUUAUAAGCACUGAAGUUUCCAUUUUAGUAGGGACUCUAAAAAUGGCGGUUUCUUGUUUGUUAAAAUGGGCAUUUCAUAGUGUGGAUGUGAUUUAGGCUAAAGUACAAAAUGAUCGGCAAUAAUGUAAUGCAACUGUGGGUAUUGUAUAAAUUUUUGUAAAUUCUAAUUUGCAAUAAUAUACAAAUGAAGCGAGUUCGUCAAUACAACAUGUACUUGUAAAUCGACUUUGAGAACAGUAAUAUUAUCAUUUAAUGUUAAGCACGUUUCAUCAUACUUAGUUUAAAAAAAAUGAGCGAUCCCAUUAGUAAUGUAUAUCCCAUUUGUAAUUUUUUACAUAACUUUGUAAGCAAUAUCUUAAAAGUUUACAAGUAUUUCGCAUAAACUGAAAGUGUUCCCUCAUUCUUACAAUCUGGGAUCUUUUAAGAGGCGUGAAGAAGCAACAUGCAGGCCGGCAAGGUGAGGAUGGCUGGUGUGGCAGGUAGAACUGCUGUAUCAGCUAUCUUCGCAUCUGGACUUCACCUUCACUUAACAUCAGGUGGGGUGGAGUCAUUUGUCGGACCUAUCUAUAAAAAAAAACUGAAAUAAUUACUGCAAAAUAGUAUUUAUUAUAAAUAAUUAAGAUUAAAGCAUUCUUAAAGUCAUUCAAAGAGGGCAGAUCAUUUUUAACGGUUGUUGAUGUUUUUUUAUGUAAUUGUGCAUAUUUGUGUUGACAAAAUCGUAUUCUAUAAUUUCGUAUCUGUGAUGAAAUAACGAAUUAAAGCGGCUUAGGGUCCCAUUUUACAUUGCAUUACAUGAGAAUUCCUAAUUUUGAAAAAGGUACUAUUUUGAUCACUUGCAAGCCUCGCGUGCAUUUACGUUUAGACUAUGAAGACAUUCACCAUAUAAGAUGAUGCUCCAAUAUUGAUAGUAAGCUAGUCUCUAAACGUCCUUUCUAUAUUUAAACAAAUGUACGCGUGGGAUUGAAGAAAAUUGUAAAUACUGUAGUUUUUAUAUAAAAUUCGACGGCGCCUCCCACGCUCCGUAUAGUUGGCAUUUAUUUAUGUAAUUUGUAUGUAUAUUUAUGUGAAGGGUAUGCUAUGCCGACGGUGCAUCGAGUGUUUUAAGUUUCUGUAUGUACGUACGAUAAGUAAUAUAUUAUCAUCAUGUUAAUUAUUUCAGAAAUGUUUAAAUUAGGCAUGUGUUAUGAAUGUGCCGUUACCAGAAGGUUAGUCUUCUCAUUCACUUUUGUCUUUGUCGUUUUCCAAACGAAUGACAGCACCAAAAACAGAAAUCGGAUUAGAAGUGUCCGAUAACUUAUGAAUGGGAGGGCUGUUCUUGAAAAGUCUUAUCGCACUUUGAAUAAUUUUGUAAUAAAAACCACUUGUCUGGGAAAAAUGUGUGAGAUGUUGUUUGGUUGUAUAUAGUCAGUUCAAGGUCUGCUGAUGGCGGCACAGCGCAAUAAUUACUAUUUACUUUUAAUUAAAAGUAUGUUGAAUGGGAACUUUUAUAUUUUUUAACUAUUAAUCUUGCGAAUCCCUUGUUCAGUGCUUACCUAAAUCUUCCAUGAAGUAAGUGAUGCAAAUGUGUAAAUAUUUAUGAUAACAGUGUGAAUGUCAUUGAUUUCUAAGCUGUUGUUGAACGCCACCAUGUUACAGGACCCAGGGAACACGAUCGGUACCCCAAUCACGAACAAAUAGCGAGAAAGUAUUCGUUUUGCCAUGUCAAUGCUGUUGUUAAUGCUAGAAAGUAUUCGUUUUUCCAUGUCAAUGCUGUUGUUAAUUUGAGAAAGUAUUCGUUUUGCCAUGUCAAUGCUGUUGUUAAUUUGAGAAAGUAUUCGUUUUUCCAUGUCAAUGCUGUUGUUAAUGCUAGAAAGUAUUCGUUUUGCCAUGUCAAUGCUGUUGUUAAUGCUAGAAAGUAUUCGUUUUGCCAUGUCAAUGCUGUUGUUAAUGCUAGAAAGUAUUCGUUUUUCCAUGUCAAUGCUGUUGUUAAUUUGAGAAAGUAUUCGUUUUGCCAUGUCAAUGUUGCUGUGGAUACUAAGCAGCGCCCCUACCGGACGUAAGAACAAACUAAUUCUCUCCAUGUAAACUUUAACGAUGGCGAUUCGAAUACUUUGUCGCUAGUUGUUCGUGCUUGGGGUACAAAUCAUGUUUUGAGUCUUUAUCGUUCGCGAUAGUAUUUAGUGACUAACGAUCGUCUUUGAUGCCGUUAUAUGUAUUAAAAGACCAUUGGCACCAUGGCUGAAAGUAGACUACGCCUUUUGUAUUAUAUAGUUUUAAGAAGCGAUGUUGCCCCUAGAAAUAAUCCGGAGUUCUGAGACAAUCUCAGUAAUCGUAGCCAAAUAUAAUGUUUAUUGUAUGGGUGUGGGUUCGAUGGAUCGAUCGAUGGAGCGGUCUCGCAACUUGUUCCGUGUUCAGAUUAUCAAUCAAAGUACCUAUUACACCUGUCAGCUUCCAAUAUAUUUUGCUAAGGGAUGUGUAUAUACGACUUGUAAAUAUCGAGUAUAUCAUGUUAAUAUUAGAUUUCAAGUGCCUAUAGUCGGUCCCAAUGUGCUUUAUACUUGGCAUGUUAAUAAUAAUAAAAAAAACCAAUGAAUGUAAAAAAUUUUCUAGUAAAUUCCGCGAUUAUUAAACCAAUACUUGAGCUAGAAACUAGCUGUAUGUAUCAGUCACUUAGACCAAAUAUUAGUGCGAAUAUUGAAUGAAAUCUAGAUAAUUAUUUUUAUGAAAUUGUGUGGUGUAAACACGGUUGCGAGAGACCGAGACCUUGUUUGUAUAUUAAGACUGAAAGUGAUGAUUGUCUGUCACGGCAACUCUGGAUUGUUAUUAUCACAAAAUACAAUUGUAAAAAUGUACCUAAUUUUUUAAAAA